UGUUCCCCCGGCUGCGGUGCGCCGACUCCCGCCUCAAUUGCCGACGACUCCCACUAGGUGUGCUGCCAAGAGCGCAGACGCCCGGUCACCGCCGAGACACCGAGCGCACUCGAAAACACGGCCGAGUCGGCGCGAGCCGGCCUGUCAUGUGGCUCGCCCUGAGCCAAACGGAUGAACGCCGGGCGCCGCGACUGAUGCGGAGGUCGACGGCACGCGGGGGGUCAACUGCUCGCACAAUAUCAUGUCCGAAGCUAUGAAGAGAGUGGCGACGAGAGAAGAGGUGGAGCGCGCCUGGCACGAGAUGCUGGAGUGUGAAGCAAGCUCGAUAUUGCAAAGAGUUGUAGAUCUCGAACGUCAAUCGUUGGCUCAAAAAGACGAAAUAAUUUGUUUGCGCGCUACAUUGGCGGAUGCCCUGCGACGAAUAGACCAAUUGAAGAGCAGAGAUGAAAGAAAUGAUAGGACUGACAGAGGCGAGAGGAGAAACGAUAGGGGAAUCUCUUCUCCAUUGAGAAAUGGACAUAUUUCUCUCAGGAAUCAAAAUUCGUUAAAAGAUGCGAAAGGACGACAGUCUAGUGGAGCUUCGAUGGGACAGUCUCCGCACGAUACACAACGCGACGGCUCAUCACAACUAUUGGUCCAACGGAGACCUGUCAAUUAUGCCACACCCACGCAACUUCCUCAAAGGUUAAUAUAUUGCCAGGGCAAUAAAAGAAUAUCCCGAGCUUCUGGAGACAAAUUUUUAAGCGACUUAAUCAUUAUCUUUAUUGGCAAAUUUAAUGUCGAACAAUUUGGUAAUUUAAAUGGCACUUGCCAAGUUAUUAAAAAGAAAAUCUUUCAAGGCCUUACGGCAAUUAAUUGGCACGUUCAACUCGGUGAACAUUAUGAGAUAAUCGCUACAUGGACUUUUGCAAUAAAAUACAAAGUAUAUGGUACCUGCAAUUAUGUGCGCGGUUCACUGUUACAGACGCUCGGUACACUCUCAGUCGACAGUCCAAGCAGCAGCAGUGUAUCCCCGGUGCCGUCGCCCAGUCCCCGGGCCACGCCGCUUCCAGCUGUGAGGUCACCGACGACGAGAGUCAACGGACCACCACAAUGCAGUCUCCGAAGAGCGAAACGCUGGUCCUCGACCGGCGAUUUCACGCAUUCUCCAUCCAAUCAAGGAUCAAAUAAUGCUCAGCUGGCACCUUCCAGAUUAUCAGCAUCUACCAAGUCCCUGUUCAACCUCUUCAAGCCUCCAGUGCUGAGCAACUUGAAACAUGGCACGCGGGAAAUGCAGUACAAUGAGGAGGAUGGCACUAUUCGUAUGUACCUGCGUGGCCGUCCGGUGAACAUGUGCGUGCCUUCGGGAGCUAUCGAGAGCUACGACCCACACAAGGUAAACGUGCCACCACAAAGUAAGCUCAAGCUCGACUGGGUCUACGGCUAUCGGGGCAGGGACUGCAGGAACAACUUGCACCUGCUGCCGACCGGUGAGGUUGUUUAUUUCGUUGCUUCGGUUGUCGUGCUGUACAAUACUGAGGAACACUGCCAGAGACACUACUUAGGGCACACCGAUGACGUAAAAUGCAUAGCAAUUCAUCCAAAUAAAUUAGUAGUAGCAACUGGUCAAGCUUCAGGAGCCGAACGGCGAGAUACUAUGGCACAUGUACGAAUAUGGAAUUCCGUAAGCUUAUCAACUUUAUGUACAAUCGGUAACGGUGAAUUUGAUGGGUCAAUCUGUUGCUUAUCAUUUUCAAAAGCCGACGGUGGAAAUUUUUUAGCUACUAUCGAUGAGACGUCAGAUCACAAUAUUUCAAUAUGGGAAUGGCAAAAGGGGGAUCGAGGAACAAAACUCACAGAGACUAAGUGUUCGGUUGAUACGGUCGUUUGCGCUGAGUGGCAUCCACUGGAACGAACACAAAUAGUUUCAUGUGGCAAAGGACAUGUAUCGUUUUGGUCUCUCGACAAUGGCGGUAUGCUGUACAAGCGUAUGGGUCUGUUCGAGAGUCGCGAGAAGCCGAGGUAUGUCACUUGCGUCGCCUUCAACCAAAGUGGUGACGUCCUCACCGGCGACAGCAACGGCAAUGUCAUUGUUUGGGCAAGAGGUACAAAUACAAUUGCGAAGCUAAUUAGAAAUCUUCAUGAAGGCUCCGUAUUUUCAAUGUGUGUCUUGAAAGAUGGUAAUAUUAUAACUGGCGGUGGAAAGGAUGGCAGGAUUGUUCUUUUGGACGCCUCUUUGAAUCCGAUGGGGUUAGAAGCACAGAUCGAGGAUCACUUUGGAGGGAUCCGUACCGUAGCAGAAGGCAGAGGCAAUCAACUAUUAGUAGGAACAACCAGAAAUUGUAUUCUUCUGGGAGACUUGGAAAUGGGUUUUAGUCCGGCGAUGCUUGGGCAUGCUGAAGAAGUAUGGGGACUUGCUGCACAUCCAAUUCUGCCACAAUUCGCCACAGCGGGCCACGAUCGUUUACUACAAAUGUGGGAUAGUCUUAGUCACACGGUCGUUUGGAGCAAAGAUAUCGGCGAACAAGCCCAAAGUGUUUGUUUUUCACCGGAUGGUGCAAUUAUGGUGGUUGGAUGCCUCUCAGGAAAAUGGCUAGCCAUUGACAGUGAAACGCGUGAACUUUAUAGUUAUCAUUCCGAUGGAACCGAACCACUACAAGUUGUCAAAUUCUCACCAGACGGAACGUUAUUGGCAUUAGGAUCACGAGACAAUAAUAUUUAUAUUUACCAAGUCAAUGAAGAGGCAACUAAAUACAAUCGUGUGGGUCGUUGUAUGGGUCAUUCUAAUGUCAUAACUCAUUUGGAUUGGUCUCUUCAUGGUCAAUAUUUAAGAAGCAAUAGUGGAGACUAUGAAUUAUUGUACUGGAAUGCAGGAGUAUGUCGGCAAAUUUCACAAGGUUCACUUUUGAAGGAUAUUGAUUGGGCUACUCAUUCAUGUGUAAUCUCCUUCGAAACUGUUGGAAUUUGGCCUGAUGGACCGGAUGGAGUUGAUAUCAAUAUUUGUAAUCGCAGUGGAGAUGGAAAACUUCUAGCAACCGGAGAUGAAUCAGGAAAAGUUAAAUUAUUCAGUUAUCCUGCAUGUCAGCCAAAGUCUUUGUACCACAGCUAUAGUGGCCAUUCAAAUCAUGUGACCGAAGUAUCAUUUCUACAAGAUGACACUCGAUUAGUAUCGAGUGGAGGAAGCGACACAAGCGUUCUGCAAUGGGUUGUUAAUUAAUAAUCACAGACUUGAAGAUAUUUUAUUUGAACGCAGUUUAAUGAUAUAACCUGCGAAAUUUCCAAACAUGCUCACGAUGCCGUCCAUGUUAUUAAGAAAUUAGAAAAUAACAUCUCUAUAACAAAAGACAGAUAUUUGCGGUGACAUUACCGCAAAACUUUCAAAACAUAUUCAUUGCUUUUUUAUUCAAUACCUUAUUUAUACGUAUAUUUAUUCCUAUUUAUGCGUCAUUAUUGUAGGAAAGGUAUUACUCACUUUUCUGAUUAAGAAUUAUAAAAAUAGUUGUCGUUUAAUUUUGUCCACUUUGUAUUAUAGUUGAGUGAUCUUUUCAAUCUUUUUUUCCUUUUUUUCGUAUAGAAUUAACAUUUUAAGUCUUGAAUUGCUUUCGUAAAUAAGCAAGUUUCGGGAUUAGGUUAC